AUGCGUUAUUUACAAAAGGGUCAUUCUCAACCUCACAACCAUAAGUUUCUCAAAUCAAAAUCUGGUGAUUAUGAACGGAGUUUCCAACGUUCUUGGUUUGACAAAUAUCUUUACUGGUUGGAAUAUAGUGUUGAGAAUGAUGCUGCAUAUUGUUUAUGUUGUUAUCUUUUCAAACCAGAUAAAGGGGAGCAAAGUGGCGCUAAACAAAAUGAAGAAUAUAGAUUAGCAGCAUUGGAGAAAGCUCUAAGACAUGAUAAAUUGAUUGCUCCUAGUAUCCAAAAAGACAUAAUCAAUGCAUUUGCAGUUGAAACCAUCAACAAACUAAUUAGUGAUCUUGGAGAUGCUUUUUUUUCUAUAUUAGUUGAUGAAGCUCGUGAUGGAUCCAACAAAGAGCAGAUGAUAAUUAUCUUACUUUAUGUAAAUAAAAGAGGUUGUGUUGUUGAGUGUCUAUUUAUCAUUAUGCAUAUCACAGAUACGACUGCUUUGUCACUAAAGAUGGGAAUCGAAACAUUGUUCUCUAAAUACAAUUUGAGCAUAUCAAUAUUACGUGGACAAGGUUAUGAUGGUGCAAGUAAUAUACAUCGGGAUCUUCUUAAUGAGAAACAAGCUUGGAAGGUGAAAAAAGCUAUUGAAAGUGGUGAGCUUUCAACAGGGCAAGGCCUUAAUCAAGAUACUAGUCUUAAGCGGCCAGGGGAAACACGGUGGGGUUCACAUUUUGGAACUUUAUUGAGCUUGAUUAAUUUGUUUUCAUUUGUUAUUGAAGUGCUUGAGGAUUUUACUGAAAAUUCUGAUAAUGGAGUUGAAGCAAAUUUGCAACUAUCAGAGCUUAAUAGUCGUUUUAAUGAAGGUAAUACAGAAUUACUUAUUUGCAUGGCCUCCCUAAAUCCAAGUGAUUACUUUAAAGCAUUUGAUAAGGGAAAAUUAGUUCGUUUUGCUCAAUUUUAUCCACUUGAAUUUUCUUCUACUGAUCUUAUGACACUUGAACUUAAACUUGAUAAUUACAUUGAUGAUAUGCGCUCAGAUAGUGAUUUUUCAGAACUAAAUGAUAUUACUAGUCUUGCUCAGAAAAUGGUUGAAAAGAAGAAACAUCUUAUUUACUCAUUGGUAUAUUUGCUCAUCACAUUAGCUUUAACCUUACCAGUUGCAAUUACAAGUGUAGAAAGAGCAUUUUCUGCUAUGAAAAUUGUGAAGACUCAUUUACGCAAUCGAAUGAGAGAUCAAUUCUUGAAUGAUAGCCUAAUUCCAUAUGUUGAGAAAGAUUUAUUUGACAGCGUUGAUAAGGAGAUAGUGAUGCAAUGA